GCCUCCACUAUCCUAUUUCAAACCGGGUGUACGAACCAGCAGCAACUCAGGUGAUCUCUAUUUACCACGCGCUAUUGCUAAGAGACGAACGUGUCCGUAACCUGGUUCAGACUCCAGCUAGGGUCGCAGUGUCGUUAUAAUAAUUCUUUCUUCAGCCUGACCUCACCAGACAUCCCGCUCGAUAUCUGCUUUAGAUUCAAGAAAAUGUCUUGCCCUGGAAAUCCAGUGAUGCUCAUAUUCGGAGUCUUGAUGCUGCAUAUAGUGUCUGCUGAGAACGAUGCAGUGAUCAAUGCCUCGGAUUCCUUUAUCCUGCCCACGGGGUUCCAAAGCCCUCCAAUCACACUGCAGUGUAACCUGACCACUAGCAAGUAUACCUACCUCGAGAGCUUCUGGAUGAAGAACGGAGAGGAGAUCCCAGGGACACAGGAACUGUCGAAGUACACAGAGUACAAGAUCCAGAAACCAAGGGGAGAGGAUGCAGGCGAGUACAUGUGUGUGUACACAUUUGACUCAGCCCCGCCAGCCAAUGCCACCAUUGAAGUGAAAGCUGCUCCAGAAAUCAUUGGACACAAACGCAGUGAGAAUAAGAAUGAGGACGAAGUGGCUGUCCUCUACUGCAAGUCUGUGGGCUACCCUUAUCCUAUCUGGCUCUGGCGCAAAUUGGAGAAAGGGUCACUCACUGAUAUUGACAACUCCACCGAACGCUUCUUCAUCAAAAGCAAGGACAACUACACAGAGCUGUCCAUUAUUAAGCUGGACAUCGCCUCUGAUCCUGGGGAGUACGAAUGCAAUGCAACCAAUAUUAUUGGCUCCACUUCUAUGACCUCAGUUCUCCGCGUCCGGAGCCGUCUGGCCCCCCUCUGGCCCUUUCUUGGGGUCCUAGCUGAAGUCCUCAUCUUGGUCCUCAUCAUCGUCAUCUAUGAGAAGCGCAAGAAGCCCGAUGACGUGCCUGACGAUGAUGAACCAGCGGGGCCAAUGAAAACUAAUUCAACUAACAACCACAAAGACAAAAACCUACGUCAGAGAAACACAAACUGAGCUGAGGAGAAGUAAGAUAAAGACAUUCAUACCAUGACCACAUGAACAUAACAAAGAAAAAGCAUAUUGGGAUUAAGAAUGAGGUAUUGGUGAGACAAAACACAUACAACCACUCAAGGCAUGCCUUAUGAUGUGAAGAGGACAUCUGACAAGAAUGAAAAGUUAUUUGUAAUGGUGUGAAUAAUAUGAACAUUUUAUUGCAUGAUUGUGUUGCUUUCUAUUUAUCUUUUAUUCAUAUUGACUUCUUUUUCAUGUCAACAAAUAGAGACAUAUAGUGCAUGCAAGAUAUUAGCCAGCUGUUUGAUACAGAUAUGGAAUUUUAGUUAUGUAUUUCAGAGUGACUUCAUAUAGAUAAUAUUUAUAUUUCAAGCAAACCAUCAACUUUGCAGUGUAAGCAAAUCUACAACCAUGUUUCUGAUAUAAUAUUUUUUGUAGAGUUUAUCAUUUUACUCCAUACCAUUUGGUAAGGUGACAUAUAACAGAUUAUUUAAGUUAAAACUUCAAUAACAGAUAAGGCCUUUACAAUGUUUAAUUUGUACAUAUACAUCUAUUUAUGUAUCAAGUCACUGAAAAUAUCAAGGUAUCUGAAUGUUAUUCAUUCUGACACACUUAGUGUUCAGAUGUAAUUGCGAAUGAGUAAUGUCAUUUUCAAAUUCUAAACCUGAUCUAUGUUUCAGCUUUUUCUGUAUGCAUACUAUACAGCAUGGCUUCUCUCCUAUGCAAUAUUUGUUCAUAUAUAGCAGAAUAAACUUUUUUUUUUCUUUGGUUGCGAUUGGCUUUUGGUUGCAUAUUUAAGCUUUAAUAUUAUAGGUUUGCCAUGAAUAGCAAAGUGCACUGUUCAGACCAUAAGUGACACCUGAAAAUAUCCAGCCACUGGCUGUACCAUUUCAGAUGCAUGAGCUUCCUCCCAGAGUGGAGGCCCAGCAGUGCAGAAGAGAAAACAAGACAAAAACAAGCAAAAUAAAUGCAAUGUGGGUGAUCAUAAGACACAUCCAUGUCAUUUUUAACAAUUAAAAAUUCCAAAGUGAA